AUGGCUCCUCAACAACCACCGAUGGCAUCCACGACUGCAACGGAUCCAGUUCCUCCUUCUCAAACUCCUCCAGCUCCGGGUCCGCCGGCAUCGGCUACCUUGCCCAGCAUGUCGAUGAUGGCACCAGCCAGCACGAUGACAUCUGCACAGAUCACGUCAAUGGCCUCAGUCACAAGAAGUGGCAUACCGGGCGUUGGAAUACCGACUGACACCAUUGAUUUCACCUACGUCUAUUCGUCGGCAGAGACAGGCACAGCAACGGCUUCUCCCGAGCCGAGCGGAGGAGGUCGUUCGAAUCAACUAGUCGGACUCUACGUCGGCGGUGGCAUCGCCUUCGCCUCCCUCAUAGCCUUUGUUGUCUUCUUCUUCUUUCUAAACAGACGCAGACGAAGGGCAAAGCAAGGACAGCAAUGGGAAAAGGGGCAGAGAGGACCCUAUCUUAAAAUAGACCGCUCCAUGACUGGCUCGGAAACAACGCCUGCCUUGAGCCUUUCUAAAGCCUCUUCAAAGCCAAAAAGCACAUCGUCUCGACACCGAACCCUACUGCCUAUUGACAUGAUGCCAUGCUCGGUGGCCUACCUUCAUCGCAACACACGGGAUCUGGAAAACGAGUAUAUAAGCUCCAGGGGACAGAGCGUGGCCUCCCAGAGAACCGAAUCAGACCUCUUACCCGAUAAUCCUUACACGGCCAGCAGUUCCGAUUCGCGGGGUGCACCGAAAGAUCGUGUGCAGAGUCCGUUUGGAGACAACUCUAGCAGCCGUGGCCUUUCAUCAAAGAGUUCCUUCCAUAGAGAUGUAUCACAGUCGCUGGUCGAUCCACUACGCAGUGCGUCCUCACUUAACUACAGUCCGGCGUUGGUUCAGGCAAACCAGAGGGCUGCCCAAAGCCCACACAGUUUCAACAGUGGGCUCGGAUACCCCACACAUAGCCCGAACCUGAGUCAGAUUUCCUCCUCUGACUCCAGAUUCCUUGCGGUACCGUCGAAAGUGCACUCGGCUCUCGGGCGUAACUACUCAAGCCCUAGGGACCAACCUUCUUCCAAGCCUAUAACAAACCACCUGGCUCCUUCAUACACGCCGGAACCACUAACGUCCAGAAGCAUCAACUCGUACCAAAGCCAUAUUCCAAGACAGCUUAGUCCGGUACGAGAGGUCCCGAGCACUGGCCCUCCAAGUUCAGCGGGAUCCCCCGAUAUCCCUCAGCCGGCCUACCGCUCAGGACACCUAUCGCACUACACCGAAAGCGAUGGCGCGAGCGAAGUUUCCAUUCGCACCUACUCAAAGCUAGUUCCUCCACCCUUGACCACCCGCAGCUCCAUUCUGGCCAACUACCUUGCAGAGGCACUCCCAGACCACUCCCCGACCCUCCCCAAAUCUAUGCUCGGCGGCUCUAUAUCUUCAUGCUGCUCGUCCCCUCGAAGUAGCGGAGAACACAGCCCCCGACUGAGACACCAGAACUCUACCAAUUCAACCAACAAACCAAGCAGCCUCCUCGUCAAACGCCGUGGCGAGAAGGUCGCCGGGAAGAUGGGCAAUGAAUUCACUCUUCCCGCAAAACUACAACGGCCUAUUCAGAUUGAGCACGAUCAGAUCCAUGAUGAUGACAACGAUUCGAUCGACUCAACUUCACCCCGCUCCAUCAACCACAUCCAACCCAUGCAGCAUAAUACCGCAGAACCCACUUCAUCCUCAAGGGGCCAUAGGGUGACACCAUCAAAGCGUGGCGCCGAUAUGUACCUUAAUAUCAACUAA